CCUCUAGCUUCCCGACAUGUUUGAGGGCGUCUGCACGCUUGAAGACGAGAUCUCCGACUUGGAACCGUCUGGUUCGGACUUUCUUGUCGAAGGCUGCGCGCAUCUUUUGCUUGUAUUCAACCGAUCGCAACCAGGCCUCUUCUCGUCCUUCUUCAAUUAGAUCGAGGGCUUCUUUGGCCAUUUCUUCAUUUUUUUCCUGCUCAAAGCAUGCCGAUCUGUGCGAACUUAGUGCAAUUUCUACAGGCAGGAGGGCAUCCAUUCCAUAUACCAUAAUGAAUGAUGAUUGGCCUGUCGAGCUUCUUGGCGUAGUCCGGUAUGCCCAUAGAACAGUGGUUAGCUCGUCGAUCCAGGCUCCCGAUGCCUUCUCCAGUCGCUUUUUCAGCCCCUGCAAGAUGGUUCUAUUUGUGACCUCGACUUGCCCGUUGUCGUUCCUUGCUUGCGGAUUUACAGUUCUGACGGAGGAUUCCUCCUCGUCCGCCCUUCUAUUCUGUCUUUCAUGGGAUUGGGCCUGUUGCUCGUGCUCCGGGGGGCUGUUCGGUUUGAGGCUGCUCGACCCUUGGCCGGUCGAUUCUGGGUUGCUCGACUUGCGUCUGUUUGAGUUGGGCCGCUACCGUCUCCGCGAUCAUUCUCUGCAUCUCGCUUCUCGUCAUGGUCAAUGUCUGCUCCUCGACUCGGGGUGCUUACUUAGCAUAUAUAUGUUCAUGAAAAUGGCUUCCCCCCCUGCAGCUAUCUCAAGAGCCUUCACCAAUUUGUUGCUUGCGGCUUCCAUUGCCGCAGUCUUGGUGUCGGGCUUCCAGUUUCCGGUCGGUGGUAAAGAGAGAGGAUGGAAGAUCCCAACCGGAGACGAGCCCGAGACUUAUAACGAGUGGGCCGCCAAGAACAGGUUUCGAGUUGGGGAUACAAUUGGUAAGUUUGCCAAUAUUAUUAUCACCUGUAUUCAUUUUAAGUUUUGUUUU